AUGUCUCUCAUUGCUGUGUACGCCCCUACCGAUGUUUGUAAACUCGACGUGAAAGAGAGCUGUUCCCUGCGGGAUAUUCGUAUUGUCCUGGAUGACCAGUGCAGUAUCUGGCUUGCAACCAAGGAGAUCGACCACACUCAUUGGAGAAUCCUCCAGAACUGCAGGGUGUAUAGGAGUGCUGAGUUUUGUGUUACAGACAAUAGAUUGGUUACGGGCUAUCCUCCGGGUCCACUUCAGCCCCAAGAGUCGAUUGAUGAACGCCCAAGGACAAUACAGAAUUCUAUCUCCCAGGAGACACUGCAAGCCACAGAUACUUGUCGUGCUGCUCGUCUGACAGGGGAUCGGCACUUGCUCCGUUCUCAGGUGCAGCGCCGUCGCGAGUUCGGACGUGGUCUGCUUGCAGCCUACAUCGACCUCAAGAAGGUGUUAGAUACCGUGCAUCGCGAAUCACUCUGGGAGAUCCUGAGACUGAGAGGAAUUCCAACAAGAAUUACUGGACUAAUAGCAUAUCUGUACACUGGUACUGAAAGUGCUAACAUUAAGAAAGCAGAAUACGAACACAUUUCCACCUACCUCGCAAACGACGUCAGAAACAAUCCUAAACACUUCAAAUUCUUCAAGUUGCGUAGAAACGACACUACGGCGAUCACAACCUUAAAAGACUCCAAAAAUACUUUUACAGACCUUAUCCCCCCAAUCCCGUCGCUUGACAUCACGACUAACGGAAUACAGAAAUUGCUGUCCUUCCUUGACACCAAUAAAGCCGCUGGACCAGACCAAAUCCCUGCCCUGAUCCUCAAACUCACAACACGGUUUUCGGCCCAGACGAUCAUAUCCCACCCACCAAUUCACUACACUUACACCCUACAUAACCAACAUUUAACACGUACAGCAUCUUAUAAAUACCUCGGCAUCCACCUAACCAACAACCUCACCUUCAGCACACACCUUGACUUCAUCAUCAAUAAAGCAAACAGAACACUGGGGUUUCUGACACUAAGCACAACAUUGAGAAGCUCGAGCAGGUCAAUACUAGGGCUGCCAGAAUUGAAACUAAAACAUAAUACUUUCACAAACAAACUAAACAAACACAACACUAUAAGCACCUUCCCUAACACCGACACUUCCACUUGCACGUUAAUCCUUCCCCCCUUUCCCCCAGCAACCAACCACCAAUAUGCGUGUUAUGCGCUCAUUAGCGUCCUGCGUAUUGUUGUUGAGAUUGAGAUUGAGACCAACGCGGUCCCCAUGAUCCCCCAGGGCGCCGAGGGCAGACGGCCAACCUCUGCGCGCCGCCCGCUUCCUGCCGAAGAUUUUCCGUCGGACUUCUUGAUCGAGGAGGAGGACUUCUGCAACCGCCAGCGCCCUCGCCUCUUCCUCCUUGCAUACAUCCACUCCUCCAUCCUCGCGACUCGCAAGCGGGCGCACACCAGGGCGACCUGGGCGAGCGGCAGGGGAUACGACACAGACGUGGGCUUGGGUGUCGUAUUCAUGGUGGGGCGCGCCAGGACCCCGGAGGAGCAGAGGAUCGUUCAAGAAGAAAGUCGUGUCCACCAUGACAUCGUGCAGGGAAAUUAUACCGACGCAUACGAGUUGCUGAGCUACAAGGCCCUCGCGUCUCUGGCGUGGGUGAGUCGACACUGCUCCCCCGUCCCCUGGACGCUCCACGCAGACGACGACGUGUUGGUGGACCCCCCUUCUCUCACGUCCCUCCUCAGGAGGAGGCUCUCCCGAGAGAAGAACAGGUUCCUUUGCUACCCAUGGAAGAAAUCAAAAGUCCAGCGCCAGGGACGCUGGGCCGUCCAGGACGAAGACUAUCCCAGCGGUACCUAUCCUGAGUAUUGCAUGGGCGCUGCCUGGGUAGUGCAGACCAACGUCAUCCCAAGACUUUUGCGUGCGGCCGCGCAAGUUCAGUUCCUGUGGGUGGAUGACGUCUACGUCACCGGAAUAUUAGCGCAAGGUGCGGGCGUGAAGCACUCGCCAUGGAUGAAGAAGUUCAUCAGCAGGGAGAAUAUCAGUAAAGAAGACAUAGGAAAGAAGGUGAUUUGGUAUCACCUGGGGGAGGACCGGUCUGCUUGGUGGAAGCUGAUUUUAGGUUACCAUGGAUACCACUAGACCAGGAAAGACCUCAAAAAAAAAAAAAAAAAA